AUGAAUGAUACGCGAGAGAAAACUCUAGGCUCGGCGGUCAUAAAGUGCGUAACGACAGAGCAUGCAGAGUACGAUAUCAGCCUCGUGGCGCCACUUGUUGACGAAGCAGCCGUCAGGCGCCUCGGGAAACGUCACCCUGAAUAUUUACAAAUACGGAUGAUAUUUAACGGGUCGUUGACCCCCAUCUUCCGCACAUUUAGCAGAUCGUCGAGACGAGACGCCAAUGCAUAA